AUUAUUCAGCUACCGUGGUGGUUGCAAUUAGUUGAAUUGUUAAAGCCUCCCCAUCAGUCCUCUUCCCCUUGGGGGCUUUCCUGCCUCAGCCUGGUGGACCCAGCCAUUAGCGGGUUGUGUAGGGAGGUGAAGCUCUAACGAUGGAGAAUGGACAGGGCACAGGUGCCAAACUUGGCCUGCCGCCUCUUACGCCAGAGCAGCAGGAGGCACUUCAGAGGGCUAAGAAGUAUGCCAUGGAACAAAGCAUUAAGAGUGUGUUGGUGAAGCAAACCAUCGCCCAUCAGCAACAACAGCUCACCAACCUGCAGAUGGCAGCAGUGACGAUGGGCUUUGGAGAUCCUCUCUCACCUUUACAAUCGGUCAAUAGUAUACAUUAUUUUACUGUGGCAGCUCAGCGGCAACGUGCCCUAGCCAUCAUGUGUCGCGUGUAUGUGGGCUCCAUAUACUAUGAGCUUGGUGAGGACACCAUCAGACAGGCCUUUGCUCCAUUCGGCCCAAUCAAGAGCAUUGACAUGUCUUGGGAUUCUGUUACAAUGAAACACAAGGGUUUUGCCUUUGUUGAGUAUGACGUGCCAGAGGCUGCUCAGCUGGCUCUGGAGCAGAUGAACUCAGUCAUGUUGGGGGGGCGAAACAUUAAGGUUGGGCGGCCAAGUAACAUUGGUCAGGCGCAACCCAUCAUUGACCAGCUGGCAGAGGAGGCGCGCGCCUUUAAUCGGAUCUACGUGGCGUCGGUCCACCCUGACCUCUCAGACGAUGACAUCAAGAGUGUGUUUGAGGCCUUCGGAAGGAUCAAGUCUUGCAUGUUAGCCAGAGACCCCACCACAGGUCGACACAGAGGCUUUGGCUUCAUUGAGUAUGAAAAGCCUCAGUCAGCCCUGGAUGCUGUGUCUUCUAUGAACCUCUUUGACCUUGGGGGUCAGUACCUACGGGUGGGCAAAGCAGUGACUCCGCCCAUGCCCCUACUGACCCCCACGACCCCCGGUGGUCUGCCGCCUGCUGCAGCUGUGGCCGCAGCGGCAGCCACUGCUAAGAUAACGGCCCAGGCAAGUAUGAAUCCCUUCCAAAGGGAUUUAAUGGCCUUCCAGGAGGCUGUAGCUGGCGCUUCAGUCCUGGGGGCGUUAGCCGCGCCCCAACUUCUCAGUCAGCAAAUGGGAAUGCCUCAGGCUGUUAUGGCUGCCCAGGCACCAGGGGUCAUCACAGGUGUGACUCCAGUGCGUCCUCCCAUUCCAGUGCUCCCCCAGGUUGGUCUUGUGAACCCCGUGCUCGCAUCUCCUCCAGUCCUGUCGAAUCAAGCUGGCUCCAACCAAAAAGAGAGGAAAGAGGAGAAGGAGGAGAUGCUGCAGGAUGGUACAGGACAGGAGAUGCUGAGUGACCAGGAACACAUGAGCAUCUCGGGCAGCAGUGCCAGACAUAUGGUGAUGCAGAAACUGCUUAGAAAGUCGGAGUCCACGGUGAUGGUGCUUCGAAAUAUGGUCGGGCCGGAGGACAUCGACGACGACCUGGAGGGCGAGGUGACGGAAGAGUGUGGGAAGUUUGGCGCCGUCAACCGAGUCAUCAUCUACCAAGAGAAGCAAGGGGAAGAGGAGGAUGCCGAUAUCAUUGUCAAAAUUUUUGUAGAGUUUUCCAUGGCCUCCGAGAUGAACAAGGCCAUCCAGGCCCUCAAUGACCGCUGGUUCGGGGGUCGCAAAGUUGUCGCGGAGGUGUAUGACCAAGACCGGUUCAACAGCAGUGACCUCUCUGCGUGAAGCCUCUGAAGUGGUUUACCAGCAUCCAUCCUGUACCUCCCAAACUCAUUUCAGCCACACUCACUAGCUAGAGAUACGGAGUUCUGAAAUUUGUAAUUACGUUUAUUUCUUUUUUUAAAUUGCUGUUGAUAUUGUCAAAACACCCCAAGGGGGGGGGGAUUCGUUAACAAAUAUUGUCGUUUGUUUGGCUUUAUCUGUGAAAUUCUUUUUUUUUUGGGUGCAACUUUAAAAUUUUGUAAAACAAUCUUGUAACUCUUUUGAUUUCCAGCUUUAACUCCUUAUCCUUUUCAUGAAGUAUCCGGGACAUGUAAAUCCCAUUUCUUUCCACAAUUAAAGGUUAUAGUUUGUCCACAAAUAGUGUGGUGCAUUUUUUGUUUAAAUAAAUGGUUAAAGGAU